AAUGGGCGGCAUUUCUAGAAGUAGGAGACCAAGAGAUUGAGAAUAGAAUCCCUUCCACAUCCCCUACUCUGAGUUGACCUGUCAAAUUGUCGGGCGAUUGUUUGUAUUCGAAAAAUUGAUACUUUAUAAUUCAUCAGCCAAUCAAUUCCCGAUCUUCAAAACAAUCAUCAGGAGUUUUAUCGAGGGUGGAAGGAGCGGCUGAGAAUUCACCAACUGCUGUGAGAUUUAUUGGAGAAUCAUGGAGCAAACUAUCAAUGAAAAGGAGGAGCUUGUUAAAAAAUCUCUGUUUAGCUUCGUCAGGAAGCAAGUACCGACUGCACAAUUAAGUUUGAUUGAUGACAUAGUUCUCUCCUACGUUGUGUCAAUGGUAGAAGAGAGUGCUUUAGAAGAGGAUUUGGAUGUCGAGGGUCUAUGUGAGAUGGUGUCAGCCUGCCUCCCAGAAUUUUCAAGCAUCGAGAAAGAUGCUGUGUCAAAAUGGUUGCUGGAUGUGGAGAGUGAACUGAGACAGGACACAAAGGGCUCUAGCGACUGUCAGGCUCAUGAUCCAAUGGGUCAGCUGAGUUUGGCAGCCCUUCUGCCUCCAGAUUCCCAGAGAAUGAGAGUCCAUCACGUUUGUGAGACGAGUGAUGCUGGCAGUGACUCCAGUGGAGAAUAUUUCACUGAGCAACAGGAAGCCUCCUGGCACGAAAUUUCCCUGCUCCAGGAGAUGUUUCCCGCUGCAAGUCCUGCAGAAAUUCGUCAUUGUCUCGCCAUCGCUGAUGGAGACAUCACUAAAGCUGCUCAACUUGCAUUACACAGGCAAGAAGCUGGUCAGAGCAUUACCAGUAAUCUCACUUAUUUAACGCCAAACAGACGCGCAAAGGCUAGUGUAAACGAUGAUGAACUGAAAUCCCGCAUAAUUGCUCGGUACAGUUACGUCGAUCGUGAUGACGACUCUCGUGAGCAUCGUCCAGUGACACCAAAGCGUGAGCCAAAAAAACUGGUUCGCUAUUUGGACAAUAAAAUAGUGAGUGUCAAAGGAGAGCGAUACACAGAGAUAAGACGUGGGGGAGAGGAUGAGGAUGGUAACGAGGGUGGCAGGAAGCGGAAUCACUGCCGCCCGUAACCAGUAACCCUGCCUCCACCCCCUGAUCCACCCCCUUGGAGGCAUAUCUGAUUCUUAAUGUUUUUUUCUCCCGUGUCAAGGCGAUAUUCUUGUUAUUUAUGGUUUUUUCUAGAAAUUCAGUGGAGAAGUUUAUGAAUAUCUCCAAAACCAAGGGAGAUAAUUGAAUUUUUGUUUGAACCUUUUUUGUAGAUCUAAUCAAGAGCUGGAAAAAAGGUUAUUAGAGAAAUUUUCGUUUCACCCUUGGUUUUCAAUAUAUUUCUGAAAAACUUGCAGGAGGACUGAAUCAAUCACUUCACUGCGGAAUUUCAAGUUUUGUCAAAUUAUUGAUGAAAAUUCUGGGUUACAUAUGCAUUUUUAAAUCUGCACAUUCGAUUAAUUUAAUGUUUUGGAUAAUGGGGAGGUCUGAUCAGAGUUGUUUUCCGUGAAAACAAGGAGGGGGAAAGCUGUGGUAUCUAAAUUCUCUGCUUAUCACCGAUUUGGGGUGAUGAUUUCCUGGAGUUUGGGAGAUACCCCUGAUGGCUCAAUGUUCAAUUACGGUGUAUUUCAUUCCAACAUUUUGAUUUCCGGGGCAUUUCGUCGAAAACCGGAUUAAACGAAUGAGAAAUUUACUGUUAAAAGCAAACUGGAUAGAUAUCUGUACCGAAGUUGUUAAAGUAAUUCAAAUUCCUCUUGAAUAUCCAAGAAUAAAAGCCAAAUUUCAAGAUUUUUGUUCUACCUUUUUUUCAGAACUAAUCAGCUUCAGAAAAGGUUAUUACAAAAAUUUUGUUUUCUACUUUAAAUUCGGAAAUAUUUCCGGACAAUUUUGUAGAACAUUAAGUUGACAAGCUUGAGCCGUUUUACUUUGCUACGGAAAUAUCGCUUGAUCUCAGAACCUACAGAUUUUUCGACAAAAUGUCAAAAGACCUUUUUUGUAGAAAAUUUAAUAAGCCACAAAAAGUUUUCAUGACGUUUCUACCUGAAAUCGAUAGUUUUCGAGAUAAUUCAAGUAAAAACGCAAAGUUUGAAUUAUUCUAGCACUUUGGUACUGGAAUUUAAUUAUUCUUAACGAAUUGAGCGGUAUUACCAGCGGCUGCAUACGAAUUACAGUAAGAAUGCGUGGAGAUUGAAUAAUAGUAAAUCUCUUUUGAAAGGGUCAGUAUGAAGGUAGACUGGCUAGUAGCUUUUGCUUGUCACAUCACAUUAUUUUGUAUUUUUUUUUGUCAUGAUCUUUUCUCUUUCUUGUGACUGAUAAUAUGUAUAGACUUUUGUACGUUAUAGUUUUUCGAAGAUUUUAUUUUGUUUUGUUUUGCAAGAAUGAACCCCUCACAUUUUUAUGCACACCAGUCUGCUCCAUACCGUUUUAGUAUUCUCAUGGACUCUCAUAAAAUAAUAGUUGGUACCAUAUGUGUGAAUUUUUUGAGGCAUUUCUCCGUAAUAAUUCGGGGGAAAAGUUGCCGGAUAGUUUUUGGGACUGUGUCUAUUUACGCGAGCUCACAACAAAUUUUCAUUUGGAUUUUUAAAUCCAAAUUUGCAUGGCUCCAUGUGUUCAAGCGUUGUUUACAAUACUUUAUCCAUCUUCUCGGUUUCACUGAUAAUCAGAAAUCAAAAUAAUUAUUAAUCACGUAAUUAUACUGUACCACGGCAAAAUGCUAAUUUAUUCAUUUUUUUUACUCAAUUGUGAAGUGAUGAAAUAAGAUGAAUCCAAUUUUUUAAUAUGGAUUCCACAAAAAAUAUUGCUUUUAGAGAAAAAUGUUGAGGACUUUUUUUCUUGGAAAUUUAAUUAACCACCACAAAAGUUUUCUAAUGUUUCUGCCUAAUAUCAAUACAUUUGUCGAUAAAUCGACAAUUAGUGAAACUCGAUUUGUCUAAUUUCAAUCACUUCAUACUGAUCUUGAAUAUUAGUCAAUAAGUACGAUCAAUAAUUGGCGAAAUCAUAGCUUCUCUCACGCCAUAUUAUUUGACAGUAUUAAUAUUGUUAUAACAAUUGAUAAUGAAACAUUCUUAACUACUAUCAGGUGUACUGAAAAUUUGAGGGGAGCACAUAGAGGAAAAAUCAAUAUCUGUGAAUACCUGAAUAAUUCACAAAAAAAAAUUCCCCUAAAAAAAAUCGUCACGUAAAAAAUUGCCAAUUUUAUUUCAAUGAAGUGUCGAAUGAACCGAGUGAAUAAUUAUAGCCUCGUAAUUUCAUUUUCUUCACGAGAAUUUAAGAAACCCAAUUAUAAAAUAUUAGCAUUUGCCAGAUGUGUAGAGAUAAUUCGAAAUCAUUAGAAGUCUUCACGUAGUGGGCAGUGAUAUUCUUUAGGAUAAAAAAAAAACAUUACUGUAGAUGUUUCACAGUGGGCCGGUCCUUGCCGUAGACGUAAAUAUAAAGAUUUAAAAACUGAUUAGAAAUUAUCGUAGAUAAUAAAUACUAUUAUAUUGUAUGUAAAAUUACGGAGAACACGAGCGACAAAAUUACCUACAUUGAAAAUUAGGUAUUAUUGUUUAGAAGAAAAAAGGGAAAAAGUCAUGAGAAUAAUAUUACAACUCGAUUUUUAUGAUUGAGCAAUUAAGCAACUUUUGGAAAAAACGAUCAAUCAUCUUAUUUGAAUAAGUUUUUCUGCGAUUAUGAGAGAUCUCAACUGCUUUGACUGUUUCCUGCAUUGAUAUUAACAUACAUAGAUAUAUAUACAGUGAUCGUACCUUUAUUAUAAUGAUUACCAUAACUAUAGCUGUAGAGGGAGUGAUUACAAACCACAAAGAGAAUAAAAUUACAAUUGUGAUUGUUAAAUUCGCAAAUUGUAAUUAUUCUAUGCCAAUAACGUGUACAGAAUUUAUCGAGCAUUUCGAUUUUCUGGUGUGUGAACAAAAAAAUCAUUGUAAAGAACAUUGUAAUUCUUUUUCAUUCAUAUUUUUUCGUAAUCAUGAUU